GAGGAGGCCAAAGCCCAGGAAACUGCUAAACUGCAAGAAAUGUCGCACGCAAUGCAAUUGCAAAUAGAAGAAGCUAAUGCCAUGGUUAUCAGAGAACGAGAGGCAGCUCGAGAAGCAAUUGAAGAAGCACCUCCUGUCACUAAGGAGACCCCAGUUAUAGUCCAAGAUACAGAGAAGGUGGACUCGUUGACAGCUGAAGUUGAAAGGCUGAAGGCUUCUUUACUAUCACAAACACAAGCAGCAGAAGAGGCCAAGCAAGCUUGUGCUGCUGCUCAGGCCCAAAAUGAGGAACUAACCACAAAGCUUGGUGAUGCAGAGAAGAAAGUGGAUCAACUCGAGGAUUCAGUGCAGAGUUUUAUUGUCCAGAAUUGUCCUUCUUCAGCAUGCUUCUUGAUUAAUCAGGGGCUUUGUGCAUCUCCACAAAGUGCUGGGUUCUCAUUUCUUAAUGGUCGGGUGCUUGGUGGACUGGAUGACUUGAGACAAGUUGAAGCCAAAUAUCCAGCUUUGCUUUUUAAACAGCAACUCACAGCCUUCCUUGAGAAGAUAUAUGGAAUGAUAAGAGACAAUUUAAAGAAAGAGAUUUCCCCAUUGCUUGGAUUGUGUAUUCAGAGACGUUCUCAAGCUAAUGCAGUUGCACAACAAGCGUUGAUUGCUCAUUGGCAAAGCAUUGUGAAAAGCCUGAAUUAUUACUUGAAGAUAAUGAAAGCAAACCAUGUAAGUUUCAGUCUGAAAUAUAAUGUCAAGAACUGA